AUGCAGCCCAGCUACCGCCCAUCAUAUCCACCACAGCAGCAGCAACCGCCGCCGCCGCCGCCGCCGCAGCGUGCUUCUCAUAAUGCUGGUCAGAGACGAGGAGGCAUUGGCCCAAUGAUGUCUGCUGGCCCCGGCCAUCACCAGGUUCCAAUGACUCAAGCGCAGGUUGCGCAGCAGCAGCAGCAAGCAGCAAUGCAAGUCGAAAUGGCCAAGCGGCGAAGCAAGAAACCUACGGACAAGAAUCUGCCAGAUGCCAUCGAUGACUGCACGAUUGGCGACGUGGCCAAGAGAUAUCGGGAACAACGCGACUUUGAGAGGCGACUCGAUGCUACGAUGACGCGGAAACGACUUGAUAUAGUAGAUUCAGUCAACCGAAGCGUCAAGCGCCACAAGACCCUACGUAUCUGGGUCACAAACACCACCGAGGAUCAAGUUUGGCAGUCGAAUGGUCUCAACAACGAUUCUUUCGACUUCAGUUCGAAUACCGAGCCAACAUACCGAGUCAAAGUGCAGGGCCGCCUAUUGGAAGAUGACGAUGACUUGGACAAGGAUGAUGAGGCUGGUGACGAAGAAAAGGGCGAUAAGAUGGAUGAAGACGGAGACAAAGCCGCGAAAGCCAGCAAGGCGCAAAAAUAUCGAUUCUCACAUUUCUUCAAGUCAUUGACUGUCGACUUCCCGGCCAAUCGCAAAGGCGGCGAUCAACCUGUUGAAUGGAAGAAGCCCGAGCGGGCUGGCAACUCCGGAAACCUCCCCGCUUCUGCCGAUUUUGACGAACUCACCUUUAAGCGAAGCGGUGAUGAGAACCUUAAUAUCACGAUCAAUCUCUUCCGACACGAGGACCCAGAGAGAUACGCGCUAAGCCCUGAACUGCAAGAAGUUGUCGACGAAACAGAGGCAACUCGGCAGGAAGUUGUCAUGGCUGUUUGGGAUUACAUCAAGUACUUUGGUCUCCAGGAGGAUGAGGAGAAGCGCAACUUCCGUUGUGACGAUAUCCUCAAAAAGGCAUGUGGCAUCGAGACCGGGUCCAUUCCCCUGCUUCAAACCUAUAUUACUCCUGCUCUGAAACCCCUUCCGCCAGUCAAGUUGCCCUACACCAUUCGGGUCGACGAAGAAUUCCACAAAGAUCCUCAGCCUACUGUCUAUGAUGUGCGCGUCUCAGUAGAAAGCCCCCUCCGCGAGAAGAUGUCUGCAUUCUUGAACAACCCUGCCUAUGCUGGCAUGCUAAAGGAAGUGGCAACACUUGACGAUCAGUUGGCAACUCUUGUUCAGGCUAUCCACGUCUCUAAGGCCAAAUACGACUUCCUCACUGCAUUGAGUGAGGACCCUGCCAAUUUUGUCAAGGAUUGGCUCAGCUCCCAGAAACGCGAUCUCGAGGUCGUCAUGGGUGAGGCCAUCCGUGGCGGCGAGGGUCCUUCAGGCGAUGAGUGGAGAAAGGGCGGCCAGGAUAGCGUCUGGGGCACUGCCAAUGCCAAGGAGAGCGUGAGCAUGAUUCUGGCCAAGCAGCCACAACAUGUUCAGAGGUAA